AUGUUAGGAUGGGUUUUCUUCUUUUUUUUUUAUUUUUCAGUUUCGUCCUCUUUCUUUUAUUAUAAACUGCUUUUCUAUGGUUCUUUGUUUCUUUUUACCGUUUUCUAUAAGCCAAUUUGCAUUAUUUUCCUUUAUUUUCUUUCUCCUUUCUCCACUUUUUCGAGCUUUCUUUCUUUUUUCUUUCUCCUGCGAUGUUUGUUUUUAUCUCUUUGUUUGUUUCUUUUUUUGUUUGUUUCUUUCUUUCUUUCUUUCUCCAGUGAUUUCUUUCUUUUUUAUUCCACCACUGAUUUCAUUCUUUCUCUCUUUUUUCUUUCUUUCUUUCUUUCUUUCUUUCUUUCUUUCUUUCUUUCUUUCUCCAGUGAUUUCUUUCUUUUUUAUUCCACUAGUGAGUCCUUUCUUUUUCUUUGUUUCUUUGUUUCUUUCUUUCUCCUGCGAUGUCUGCCUUUCUCUCUUUGUUUGUUUGUUUGUUUCUUUCUUUCUUUCUUUUUUCUUUCUUUCUCCAGUGAUUUCUUUCUUUUUUAUUCCACCAGUGAUUUCAUUCUUUCUCUCUUUCUUUCUUUCUCUCUUUCUUUCUUUCUUUCUUUCUUUCUUUCUUUCUUUCUUUCUUUCUUUCUUUCUCCUGUGAUGUCUGCCUUUCUCUCUUUGUUUCUUUCUUUGUUUCUUUGUUUCUUUCUCUCUUUCUUUUUAUGCAUUUACCAUCCAUUUUUUGUCAAAAUGCUUUUCUUUAUUCCUCUUUUUCCUUCUUUCACACUUUGUAUACCUCCUCCUUUCCUAACUCAAAAUCACUUGUCAUUUCUUCUUUUUCCUAUAAACCAAUUUAAGUUUCCUUUUUCUGUCUAUAAACAGUUUUCUUUUUUAAUUUUCAACGAUUUCUUUCUUUCUUUCUUUCCUUCUUUAUUUCUUUAUUGA